AUGACGCUCCUCAUCACUACUUUGUACACGCUCUGUGCUGCUUUGGCAACGCUGUCGUUGAGCAGCGUCGCUUCACCGCUCGCCACCACCUUUCCGGACCCUUUGGCACUGUCAGGUGCCCACGUCUACGUGCAUGACCCCAGCCUUAUUCAGCGUGAGAGUGAUGGAAAGUACUUCCUGUUCACCUCGCAUGACAAAGCCGGGAUCAUCACCGCCGAUAAUCUCGCGGGCCCUUGGACGGAAAUAGGCUCCGUCUUGCCCGACGGUUCGGCUAUCAACCUCCCCGGGAACAACGACAUCUGGGCGCCGGAUGUGUCUUUCCACAACGGUGUGUACUACGCGUACUAUGCCGUGUCCGUAUCGGGCUCGAUGGACUCCGGCAUCGGCCUUGCGACAUCUAUCUCCAUGGACCCCGGUACCUGGACGGACCAGGGUCAGGUGUUCGCCACGAAGACCGGCGAUCCGUAUAACGCGAUCGACCCAACUCUCACCAUUGACGAGAAUGGAACACCUCUGCUGACAUGGGGGUCCUACUGGGGCGACAUCUAUCAGUUCAGCUUAGGGAACGACUUCAAGACGGUGGCGACUGACCCGGUGCAGGUGGCGCACAACUCCACGGCGCCCAGCCCCGUGGAAGGCUCCUUCGUAUGGAAGAACGGAGACUUCUUCUAUCUGUUCACUAGCAGCGGGCAAUGCUGCUCGUUCGACCCUAACAAUCUGCCUCCUGCUGGCAACGAAUACAAGGUCUUUGUGGGAAGGUCCGCAUCCGCGCAUGGCCCCUUCGUCGAUCAGGCGGGCGUUGACAUGCGCAACAACGGCGGCACCCUCGUGCUCGCCUCGCAUGGCGACGUCUUCGCCCCCGGCGGAGAGGGCAUCUUCACGGACUCGAAGAGCGGCAAAGACAUCUUCGUCUAUCACUAUCUACACUCGCAGGGCUCGAUCGCAUACGUGGAAGCAAACUCGAGCCUUGGUUUGAACGCUAUCGACUGGACCUCGGGUUGGCCUGUUUUGACAAGCAUCUGA